CGCUCUUUUCCUCCCUCCCUCCACCGCUCCCCCGCCGCCGCCUCGCCUCCCGGCCUCCCUGAUGCCGAGGGAUGGAUAGAGCGGCUGCCCUGCGAGCCGCCGGCAUGCUGGAGAGGAAGGAGCGGAGCGGCGGCGAGGCGGCGGGGCCGCGGGGCUUGCCGGCCGUGCGGAGCACGCUGCAGCAGUGCGGGCUGCUGCAGGACCUCAUCGACAUCUCGCUCUCCAACCUGCGCGGGCUCCGCACCAAGUGCGCCGCGUCCAACGACCUCACGCAGCAGGAGAUCCGCACGCUGGAGGUGAAGCUCAUUGACUACAUCCACCGGCAGCGGCAGUGCAAGCUGAGCGUGCCCCUGAGCGACCGCACCGCCGAGCUCAACAGCUACCCCCGCUUCACCGACUGGCUGGACAUCGUCAACGUCCGCAAGGAGGUGGCGCAGAGAAUACCCGAGGAGCUGACCCUGGAUGCCUUACUAGAAAUGAAUGAGUCCAAGGUGAAAGAAACGAUGAAGAGAUGCGGAGCCCGAGAUGAGGAGUGCUCCCGGCUCAACGGGGCCCUGAGCUGCCUGCGGAAGGUGACAGAGUCAGGAGCGGAGCCGAGGGAGGACGUGCCCGUGGCCCUCCCCGAGCGCCGGGACAGCUCCUGCUCGCAGCCGGACCCCGCCUGGUCCCCGUGUGCCCCGGCCAAGGGCGGCCAGCAGCAGCCGCGCUCCGCGGCCCCGCCCUGCGAGCCGCCCUGCGCCUCGGUGGAGGCGCUGCUGGAGCCGCUGGUGCUGCCCGCGGCCGGCAGGCCCCGCACCCCGCACAGCAUCACCGUCACGCCGCCGGCCACGCCGCAGCCCCGGCGCCGCCACCGCCUGAAGCCGCCGCGGACGCCGCCGCCCCCCUGCCGCAAGGUGUUCCAGCUGCUGCCCAGCUUCCCCACCCUCACCAGGAGCAAGUCCCACGAGUCCCAGCUGGGCAACAGGAUCGACGAAGUUCCUCCGGCAAAGUUCGAGCUGUCCCAGGGGUCCCCGCAGACGGUGCGACGAGACUUUGGCCUGGCUGUGACUCACAGGUUCUCUACAAAGUCCUGGUUGUCUCAGAUCUGCCAAGUGUGCCAGAAGAGCAUGAUGUUCGGGGUGAAGUGUAAGUACUGCAGAUUGAAAUGUCACAACAAAUGUACUAAAGAGGCACCUGCUUGUAGAAUAUCCUUCCUUCCCAUAACAAAAAUACGAAGAACAGAGUCUGUCCCAUCUGAUAUCAAUAAUCCAGUAGACAGACCCACAGAACCCCAGUUUGGAACUCUCCCCAAGGCACUAACUAAAAAGGAGCACCCACCAGCAAUAAACCACCUGGACUCCAGCAGUAACCCUUCCUCUACAACCUCAUCCACUCCAUCUUCUCCAGCACCUUUCCAGUCUUCCAACCCUCCCAGUGCGACGCCGCCCCCAAACCCGUCCCCCAUGGGCCAGAGGGACGGGCGCUUCAACUUCCCAGCUGCCUACUACCUUCAGCAUAGACAACAGUUUAUCUUCCCAGAAAUUCCCAGUCCUGCACAAACAGCACAGCUUCCAGAAACUGCUGCAGACACUAACGCUGCCGCGCAGCCGGGCCCGGGCGGAGCGGCGCGGGAAGCACAGGCGGAGGAGCCCGAGGCGAGUAAAUCGGAGCCCGAGGACGACGAGGAUGAGGUGGAGGAUCUGCCCAGCCGGCGGCCGCACCUGCAGGGGAUGAUCUACCGCAAACCCAGCCAGACCAGCGUGUACCUGCAGGAGUGGGACAUCCCCUUCGAGCAGAUCCAGCUGGGGGACCCCAUCGGACAGGGCCGCUGGGGCAAGGUCUACAAGGGCAAGUGGCACGGGGAGGUGGCCAUCAGGCUGCUGGAGAUCGAUGGCAACAACCAGGAUCACCUCAAGCUCUUCAAGAAGGAGGUGAUGAACUACAGGCAGACCCGGCAUGAGAACGUGGUGCUCUUCAUGGGAGCCUGCAUGAACCCCCCUCACCUGGCAAUCAUUACCAGCUUCUGCAAAGGAAGGACGCUCCACUCCUUUGUGAGAGACCCCAAGAUCUCCCUGGACAUCAACAAAACCAGGCAAAUAGCACAGGAGAUCAUUAAGGGCAUGGGGUAUCUCCACGCAAAGGGGAUUGUACAUAAGGAUCUGAAAUCCAAAAAUGUCUUCUAUGACAAUGGGAAAGUUGUGAUCACCGACUUUGGAUUAUUUGGAAUUUCGGGUGUGGUUCAGGAAGGAAGGAGGGAGAAUGAACUGAAGCUGCCUCAUGACUGGUUGUGCUACCUGGCCCCUGAGAUUGUCCGUGAGAUGGCCCCAGGGAAAGAUGAAGACAAGCUGCCUUUCUCCAAAGCUGCAGAUAUCUAUGCCUUUGGGACCGUGUGGUACGAGCUGCAGGCGCGGGAGUGGCCGUUCAAGACCCAGCCCGCAGAGGCUCUCAUCUGGCAGAUCGGCAGCGGCGAGGGAGUGAGACAAGUGCUCGCCACGGUCAGCCUGGGCAAAGAAGUCAAUGAAAUCCUCUCGGCCUGCUGGGCCUUCGACCUCAGCGAGAGGCCCAGCUUCACUGUCCUCAUGGAAAUGCUUGAAAAGCUGCCAAAACUGAACCGCCGCCUCUCCCACCCAGGGCACUUCUGGAAGUCUGCUGACAUUAACAGUAGCAAAGUUGUCCUGCGUUUUGAAAGAUUUGGCUUGGGAAUCCUGGAACCGAGUAACCCAAAGCUCUAGCGCGGUGUCAUUGUGACCAUGCUGGCUGCCUGCUCCCACACAGCACCAGAAACCCUCCCUGGCUCCUCCACGCCGAGGCUGGGGUGGCCCCACUGAAGACCAUCAGCUCAGCCCUGUGUCCUGCCUGAGCACCAGCAGUUAUUUAAACAAUGUUUACAUGAUAUUUUGUGUGAACUAUAUUUUUUUAAACAUAAUAAACAGUGACUCAAGUUGAACUACAGCCAUUCACAACUAGCACUGAGAAAGAGAAGAGCUGUUCCUGGUUGCUCCUUGUGUCCGUGGUCAGUAGGGGCAGAGCAGCCUCGAAGCUCCUGCGAGGCGCUGGCCUUGCAGAGGUCAGUUCUGUCCCGAGGGCAGAGCCCAGCCUGCUGCACUGCGCCUUGCCAGACCACCCUUUGUUUCAGCAGGGCUGCUCCAGCUCUGGGGCACCCUGAAUUCGGCUAUAAAAGAACAGAGCUGCUGCAGGGGGAGUGUCUGGCCAUGCGGGCUGGCUCAGGUAAUGACUCAAGUGCUCUUCUCCACAGAACUCACACUAAAACCUGCUCCUUCUCAUACAGCCCCAGAGGAAUUAAGAAUUACUGGCCUUAAAAAAUAAACUCAAGACUUCUCACAGCUCUGCACAGGGACCAAAUUCUUCUUUUGAAGUUCAGGCACAAGUUCGAGUGCAGGGAAAGGCAGGAGAGAGGGGACAAGGGACAAGCUGUCCCUACGUAAUGCAUUAACUGAGGCCUUGAUGCACAGAGCUUCAGAGCCCCUGCACACACACACAGAGCUGCCAUUGCCUACAGUUGGCCAUGUUUGAGCUUCUAUGUUCUCUGUUUGAAAAAUGUAGGACUACAGCAGUUGCUUUAAGGAAAAACCCUUUAAGAAUGACAGAAAUCUUGUAUCCAAGAAGGCAAUAUCUGGGCCUGGAGGUUCUGCCUGACCCUGACAGCUCAAACUUGAUUCAGAGGUUAGUUUUAAAACCAAAACCCACCCCGUCCUGCAGUGCACAGUGUGGAGGUUAUGGAGGUGACCACACUGAGGUGACAGAUGCAUCAUCCCCCUUUGAAUCAGUCACAGGCCCUGUUACCAGAGGCUCCUCUUUCCCCACCAUCAUCCCCACAGCUCAGGGGUGAGCUCCUGGUCCUCUGUGAGCAGGCAAAGCACAGCCCUCAGUUUGGCUGCCUUGUGUGAGGAACUAAGUGGCACAAAACCUGAGUUCUGUUGGUCAGGGAGCCUCAGUCCUGUGUGCAAGUCAGUUGUAGCCUCUUACAAGUGUUGACAAAGACUUUUGAAAUGUGUCUCAGAUCUAGAAGAGAAAUGGGUUUGGCAUGGCCAGGCACUGCAGUGCUGUCCUGAUCUCCUGUCCCCUCAGCCUCUGCAGGGCUCUGCUGUUCUCACUAACAGUGUGCCAGCAGCCUGAAGCAAAAGUUGUUUUCCCCCAAGUGCUGCCUAAUUAAGAGCAGCACAACACAAAGCCAAAGCAGGGAAAAAAGGUGCUGCCCUUGAGAGGAACCCUGCGUGGGCUUCCUGCCUGUGGGAGGGAAGGGCAGGAGCUGCUGCCGGAUGCAGACUGGCCCUUGGCUCAGUCCGUGUUGAGGGCAGCAGCGGCCUCAGGGGGCUCACUCAGAUUUUGGGUGCAUAAAGCAGGCCCUGAGAGCUGGGACACCCAGAAUGUUGUGUGUGGGAUCAGAGGCCCGGCUGCAAGCACAGACUGACCCUUUGUCCCUCCCGUGCCGGGCAGGGCCUGUCUGGGAGCCCUGCGUGUCCUGCGGGGUCAGGGUGAGCCCCAGGGGAACUCACCCUGCUCCGGUCCGGGCACAGGGGCUCGUUCACAGCCUGCCCUUGCCGGGGAGAUCGGGACUGAGUCCGGCCUGGCCCAGGCGCUGUGUGGGACACCCGGGAACUGCCCCUGAGCACCGAGCCCAUCCUGGGGCAGUGCAGCCCGGAGACUCCGGCAGUGUCCGCGGGCAGCGGGGGCACGGGCCCGGCGGGGCGCGGGGCUGUCCCGGCCCGCACACCACGGACAGCCCCGGGCUGUGUUUGGCACACGCCCCGCCCCAGCCCGUCCCGGUGGAGCUGUCAAUGUGACAAUGCUGUGCAAUGCUGCUACAGGAGCCACACGUCAGUAGUGAAUGUAAGUGGUCGUAACAUGGUGAACAUGGACACGUUUUCUUUUCAAAUGUGAUGUAAACUUUGUACAGUACAAAUUUUUUUUUAUAUUUUCUAUGAACUGAGUGUCUUCCAGAACCGCUAUUAAAUUAAUUACAAAUUGUUAGAAUUAACAACAGUUUCUGUAUUAGUUUAUGCAACCGGCAAAAAAAAGGAAAAAAAAAAGAGUGCACUCUAUGCUAAUGGAAUUCUGGAUAUGUAGGAAUCUUUUCAGUGAAUAAAUCUUUGGUCUGGAUAAA